AUGGCUUCCUGUGUGCUGCUGUGCUUUGCUUUAGUGGUGAAUGCCACAAGCAUGAUGACUCAAACCUUGCAAGGGAAAGUUAUGGCCUACACACCGAGCAGCUUUCCUAUUCAGCAACAGAUGUCGCCGGAGGAUCUUGAAAUGCUUCAUCUGGAUAACAUGAACCAGGAUACCUCUCCGAUUCGCGCCAUCAUUAUUCAAAAAAUUGAAGCAUGCCUGAGAAAGAUGGAACAAUUUUGUAACUUGUGCCCAGAUUCAUGUCUGAAAGCUUCAAGAAUCAUUGACAACAUGCUCUACAAAAAUGCUCCACAGCUCCAUUUUUACAUGGAUCUUGACACAGUAGAGGGCAGGGUGAAUGAUUUGCUCAGAUCUUUUCCAUAUAGAAACCAAAGAGAUCCAUGGAUAUCUUCAGCAGUUCCAUCAACAAAAGAUUUGCGGCAGCUGCCUGGGAUACAGAUGACAGACUCUAGUGUCUAUCAUAAUAGAGUUGCCCCUGCUUUUACUAAUUUGCCUGCACAUUCAGGAGAUGUACCUCCACAUACUGUGUUCACUUCUCAGAGAUAUGUACCACAGAAUCACAACAUGGCCGCUGCUAAUUUAGCUCUAGUUGCAAGGCCUGAAAGCUUUAUGAGCACCAUAGUUGCUCCAUCUGUGUCAGGACUUCCUAACUGUAUUUCAGGCUUUGGUGGGAUUGAUAGUGCUGGAUUGCAAAAUGGCUAUUUAAAGGACCAUUUUCCAGGUGAUGCUUAUCGUGUUGAUAGUCCACAACCGUCUAUGUCUGGGAGUUCCAGUCCUUUAUCAGCUGUGUGUGAUCCAACCACAAGUUCGGGUGCAAUGAUAAGAUCAUCAAUGGACUCUAUCUCUAAAGCAAGUGGGCAAAAACUCUUUACCGGUGAAGGACAAUUGUUUCAACAAUACAGAGAAUAUGAGAAAGAGUUAGAUGGUGCAUGGAGCCACCCAGCAGAGAAGGCAGUUCACUCAAAUAGGACAACUCAAAGCAAUGAAAUCUAUUUCAAAGAAGAAUGGGGACCUGACACAUUCAUGGAAAUGAAAAGAAAACUAUUGGCACGCCUCGGACUCUAG